AUGCAAACCACAACAUAACUACUACUUACCCUCAACAAAAACCCUCCCUAACCCACACAACACAAUACAAUGGCUUCUUCAUUCAUAAUCUCUCUAACCGUUUUCCUAACCACCGUCAUAAUCGCCGUUAACGGUUGUUCACCGUCAGACAGAACCGCUCUAUUAUCCUUCAAAGCAGCACUUAAAGAGCCUUACCACGGCAUCUUCAACACAUGGUCCGGUGAGGAUUGCUGCGUUAACUGGUACGGCGUUAGCUGCGACUCCGGUAGAGUAACCGACAUCAACCUCCGCGGCGAGUCGGAGGAUCCUAUCUUCGUUAAAUCCGGCCGUUCCGGUUACAUGACUGGAAAUAUCUCACCGGAGAUCUGUAAGAUCGAUCGUCUCACUUCACUCAUCGUCGCCGACUGGAAAGCUAUCUCCGGCGAGAUUCCUCAAUGUGUUACUUCACUUUCUAAUCUCAGAAUCCUUGACUUAAUCGGAAACCAAAUCACCGGUAAAAUUCCUUCCAAUAUCGGAAACUUACAACGUCUCACUGUUCUCAAUCUCGCCGAUAAUUCAAUCUCCGGCGAGAUUCCGGCGUCGAUCGUUGAACUCGGUUCACUUAAGCAUCUUGAUUUAAGUAACAACGUUCUCACCGGUUCGAUUCCCGCUAAUUUUGGGAAACUUGGAAUGUUAAGCCGCGCUUUGCUGAACCGGAACAAACUCACCGGUUCAAUUCCGGUUUCUAUUUCAAACAUUUACCGGCUUGCUGAUCUGGAUUUAUCAAUGAACCGGUUAACCGGUUCGGUUCCUUCCGAACUUGGAAAAAUGCCGGUUCUUUCAACUUUAAAUUUGGAUAGUAACUUACUUUCGGGUCAAAUACCUUCUAGUUUGUUAAGCAAUUCGGGUUUGGGUAUAUUGAAUUUGAGUCGAAACGGGUUUUCGGGUACCAUACCCGAUGUUUUUUGUCCAAAAUCGUAUUUUAUGGUUUUGGAUUUAUCGUUUAACAAUUUGAACGGUCGGGUACCCAGUUCGUUAUCGUCGGCCAAAUAUGUCGGGCAUUUGGAUCUUAGCCAUAACCAUUUAUGUGGAUCAAUACCAUUAGGUGUGGGUUCACCUUUUGAUCAUCUUGAAGCGUCGUCGUUUAGUAACAAUGAUUGUUUGUGUGGUAACCCUUUGAAGACAUGUUAAUAAUGUGGGUGACCCGUGACCCAUGACCCGAAAUAAGUGAAUUACCCAAUUCGUUUAUGAUUUGCACUAAUAUACUAUAAUUCAAGUUUUGAAGUAAUGAAAAUAUAAAGUGAUGUUAUAUUUUUAAUGUAAUGAUUUUGGUUUUAUUAAGUGAUGUAAUAAUAUGAUAGAGUAUUUUAGGAGCAUAGACAUAUAUGGAUGAACAUGCAUGGCAUUAUAUUAAGGCUUUGAAGAAAAGAAUUUAUGUUUAAUUUGUGCAGAGGUUAAGUUGGAUCUGAUAUAUCUGAAUGUUUCCAUUAAGCAUGUGAGCUUCAUAAUGUAAAAUAUUGGAUUCGAUAAUGACCCAAUUGUUACUCUACCUAAUCAAUUCAAAGUGUUUAAUUUAA